AUGGUGUGUCUCUAUGUUGAUGAUAAAUUGCUAACAGGGAGUUGUGAACAUGAGAUAGCUAAGUUCAAGAAGGUGCUGAUGAAUGAGUUUGAGACAACUGAUAUAGGAAAUACAUAUUUCCUAGGGAUGGAGUUUAUGUACUCUGAAAAGGGUAUCAUUUUGCAUCAGCUAAAAUAUAAACUUGAGCUUCUAAAAAGAUUCGAGCUGUUGAAUUGUAAGGAUGUUGUCACACCGUCAGAAACAAAUCACAAAUUGGAUUAUGAUUCUAAAGGUGAUGAUAUAGAUGCUACAACUUUCAAGCAGUUGGUUGGCUCUAUGAGGUAUUUAUGUAAUACCAAACCUGACAUUGGCUAUGUAACUAGAAUGGUUAGUAGGUUAAUGAGUAAACCAAAGUGGUCUCAUUACCAAGUUGUUGUCAGGAUUCUGAGGUAUAUUAAAGGGACUCUGAAGUAUGAAGUUUUGUUCCCUAAUGCUGAAAAGGAUAAUUCAUAG